AUGGCCGCUCCUCCUGUCGUAGGGGCCAUAGCCCCCCCACGAUACUCUCUCGCCGACAGGAUCAAUCAUAUAUCUUCGGAUAGCGAUCAACUUGUCGACUUGAUUGACGAGCUAGAGCAGCAUGCUGAAGCAUCUGUUGGGUGGCGUUGGCAGGCCGUGCAGACUCAGAUACGCCAGGACAAUAUUUACAAGACAUACAAGGAUUUCCUCACCAGUGUUGGCAUUAUCACCGAUGGUCUCAGCGAUGAAGAAAAAGAGCUUGCUAUGUUUCCGUCUAACAAAGAUGAAUUUAUCAAGCGCAUGAGACUCUACAUCAUCUUCAUUGCCAAGUUUGGCCAAGGUCGUCGUCGAGGAACCAAGAUCAGCUAUGGUAGCCUCACCAGUCAUCGAUUAGGACUCGUCUUUUGGCAUAAGAGAGUCCAUACCAAAUAUGGGAUUGCUACCUCCCUUACUCACGCCCAACUCUGGCAUGCAAUCACCGAAGCCAUGCGCUAUGCGGCAACAAAAUUCGGGCUUACCUCGAACGCAUCUAUUUCAUUCACCAAAGUUGGCUUGCCCGAACUGCGUCAACUGAUCGACUAUGACACCCUCAAUGCGGCAUCUAUUGAGGUCUCCGAAGGCCAUCAUUUGGCAUGGUGCAUAGCCAGGGUCUGUGCCGUUCGCCCAGGAUCAAUCGGCAUCUCUGGCCAAAGAAAGAUUAACACAAACAACCUACCCUUUCUCACCUGGGGUGACAUUGAGAUUACUCGCUCCGAGCUGGCGAGGUUUCAAGCUCGCAUCAUCUUCAGAAACCUCAAAACCAACUAUCACGAUCAUGAGAAUGCAUCCCGGAAUCCGAUCGUCCUAGCCAGUAAGCCCCGUGGCUUAGAAUUGAGUGACGAAGCAGUUACAGUCUCGGCGUUGGGUGGUUACCUCAAACUCCGUGGGUCAAAGAUCGGUUACCCAGGGACGCUCAAUUUCUACUCGAUCCGUCGUCGGGCAGCCAACGAUCUCACUCGUGAGAUUGGCCGAGAUGCCGCACGAUCUAUCAUGAACCAUGAUGCCGAGUCCCGAGUGCUGGAAAAGUAUUACCUGUCAGUUGGCGAGUCUAUGGAUCUUUCCAGAGUCACUUUGGAUGAGGACACCAGCAAUCUCGGCGUCGAAGGCCACUCCGAGCAGAUUGAUCACGAACAAUCCCUGGCGACUCAUGUUCUGUCGAGCCAGAAGGCUCGCGAGAUCCACGGACCAGCAGUCAAUGCGUUGAUGGUCAAGUUGAUGGCAGCUGACCCUGGAUUCCCGCAUACUGCAACAUCAGCUCAAUUGAAGAAUUAUAAACGCCGCAUCCGCAGGGUAGCACUCGAGACUCUGCUCAACGAAGAGACUCAGAAGCAGCGUCAACAGAUGACAACAUUGGACUUCAACCAGCGACUGCAGCAUUUGAAUGAUUCUAAGAUCAUGGAUCUCAUUCUAGAAAAGGGCCGAGCUCACCUGGCGGUUGCUACCAGCGCUGGUGAUACUGAUGAAGAGGAGAGUGAUGCAGCUAUCGACGAUGAGACGCAACAGAUCAUUCAUAACCUCGAAGAGAAUCCCGAGGAAGAUUUGGAGUUACAGAUCAACGAUGCGAAUCAGUCAACGGAGAUCCAUCGAGAGCUUGAUGAGAACGACGUGGACGGUGACAAUGGCGUCGAUAUCGAUAUCGAGAUCAGCUAUGAAACUGCAGUGCGAGCUUUCAUGCAGGCCAUGCUGGACAAUACGUUGAGCCGACACCACGAUUUCAAGAACAAUCCGGUUCCUUGCCCUCUAUGUCAAGAAGAUGACACUAUCACUGACCCCAAAGUGAAGAACAAGCUUUGGAGCGUUCAAAUCAAGCUGAAUGACCACAUGAAGACAACAUUCCAUACCCCACGGGCAAGAUGGGUCCGUCGCGCUAAACUGGACUUCGACGCCAGUAGUGAGGCUGAGGUCAGGUGCCCCUACUAUGAGCAGGGUGGCACCAAUCGGUCUUUCGCUGAAGUAUGGUCACUGGUACGACAUAUCGAGAACGACAAUGACCCUAGCCACCGACAACGUGCACAGGAAGAUGGAUGGUUCGGCGACAAUUGGGAUAGCCAUCCCGAGGAAAAGUCCAAGUCUUAUCGCCAGACGAAGGACAAUGAAUUCCGAAUGAAAGUGGCAUUUACCGGUAUUAAGUACUCUGAUGAAAAGGAGCUUCCUGCUCCCAUUCCGCAUGAGAGUUACCCGGGUCUUGUCCGAGGACCUGGGCAAUUGCCAAGGAUUGAUAGACCUGGUCUUGUAUGGUCUGAUGGUCCCCCCACUAUCCCGCGUCCACUGCCAGCCGGGAUGGAGAAUCUUUUCAUCACUACGAGCGGACCACCUCUUCACCCUACUCCCAUUCCACAUCGGCUCCGUAACCAUGUUAUCAUGGUGAACCCACUCAUAGGGAAGCCAACGGGGCCGGUAGAGACAACAGAGCCGGCUGAGCCAACGGAGCCGGCUGAGCCAAUGGACACGGUAGAGCCAACGGAGCCGGCCGUUGAGAAGAAACGACAGGGCGAUGAGAUCGAUACACCUGCUACGAAAAGACACCGGGAGGGUUGA